GAGCAGCCCAGGUAGCAUGGGGUUAAAACAGGGAGCAGUUACACCAGUUUUUGAUAAUGAGGUUUCCGUGGAAUGCCAUGCAGAGGCUCAACUGCAUUACCUCGUUACCAGGACUGUUGUGAGGGCUCAGGAAAGCAUACGUGCAACCUACGUAGCACAGGGGCCCAGCCAGGGGUGCACAAUUGCCCCAUGUCAUUGAGCAGCACUGUGGUCUCAUUGGUAACGUAUGAGACCACAGUAGGAUAGCACAGUGGCAGAAAGAAACAGGAGUCGGAUUUCAGAGGUACUCAUUUCUCUCUGAUAUCCCAGGACUACAUUGGGAAUAUUAAGUUCACUUAUUAGAUCUCAGUUCUAUUAGAGGUUGAUAAGCUUUCAAAAGAAGAUUGUAGGGAAAAUCCAUGAAUUGGAUUAAAGUUCUGGAUGGAAUUGCAUAGGAAAGGACUUGUGACAAUCAAAUGAAAGGGGAAAACUUUUUUCAAAGAUUUUAUUUUUAAGUAAUCUCUACACCCAACAUUGGGCUCGAGCUUACAACACCAGGAGAAAUGUUUUUUUUUUAAGUUGGAAAGUAGUCCAGAUUUUGCCCGCAGAGUAUGCAGUCCCCAUGAGAAUUCAUCACCUGAAAAUAUUACUGUUGUGCCAGACAGACCGUGAAUCUGUCACAUGUGGGGUGGGCACAGCUAGGGGACUGUGUCCAGUAGAGGUGGGCUGUCCAGUUCUUCAGUCUCAGGCUCCAGGCCAUGAAAAAGUAUAUGACGAGGGUGGGUAUGGAGAGAGCUCUCCCAGGAGCCCCAAGGUCCUUACCCACCCACCAAGACGCGGAGAAUGGCUGAGCUGGGGGAAGGGACACGAGGAUCAGAGGGAGUCUUGGAAACCCCGCCUGGGCCACAUCUAGGUUGGUGAGCGCAAGGGAAGCAGGCUGGCCACGGCCACUGGGAGGCAAAGAGGGAAAGAAGUUUCAUGUAUCCUUCGCUCAUUUGAGCCAUAGACUGUGACGGAACACAGGUGCUCAGGAAGUCUCAUUAGUUUUGUGACAUAAGCUAUUAAAGUUGUUUUGGUAAUAAAGCAGUACCUCAGGACCAUAUCGUUACGGCUCUCCCUACCCAAAGUCUCCAAGAUGAAAAGAUAAACAAUAAACAGUGCCUGUGGGAGAUUGCAGAAAAGGGACACCACGACAGAUGUUCUCUUUCACGUUUUUUAUUGUUCCUGACUGUCAUUUCUUCCCACCAGUAGUCAAAACACAGAUUUGUCCUGUCAUCCCCUUCCCCACCUGUCAUUAAGAACUCUUGAAAGCCCUUCCUGUCUUCAUCCGCAAAAACGAAAUGGUUGGACUCAGUGGUUCUCAGAGUCCUUUGCAGUCUCGUAGGACCAGUCUUCCUCCCGUGCGUUGUCUACGGUAAUGUCCUGUUUAAGGAGAAACAUCUCUCUGUACAUCUAUCUCUCUGCCUGUUUAUCCAAGUAGGUAGCCAGGCAGACAGCUAGGACUUGACUCGCUUCAGGUAUCUGUUAGUAGAGUUACACUUGACCCUUGAACAACACAGAUUUGAACUGCGUGGGUCCACUUACAGGUGGAUUUAUCUUUUAGAAAAGCAAAACUGUAACAUGUAGUUUCUCUUCCUUAUGAUUUUCUCACUGGCCCUUUUUUCCCUCCAGCUUACUGGAUUGUAAGAACAUAACAUAUAAUGCAGAGAACAUACAAAAUAUAUGUUAAUGGACUGUCUGUUGAUGCUAUGGGUGAGGCUUCUGGUCAACAGUAGGCUAUUAGUAGUUAAGUUUUGGGGGAGUCCAAAGUUAUAUACAGAUUUUUGACCACACAGGGGGUUAGCACGCCAACCCUCGCAUUGUCCAAGAGCCAUCUGUACCUUACAUAGACUCAUCUGGCCCGUUCGGGGCUUGGCUUCCCACUUUGAGGUUCUCUGGACAUCUGCUUCCCACUCCCCUCUGGCUGAGAACCAACAGGGAGCUGAGCACUCGUAAUUUUUUUUCCCAAGGAACAAAGAAGGAGGGAGAGGCGAUGAAGGCUUAACAAGUCCAUCUAAUUCCUUGCUUACAGCCUUGGUUUGAUAAGUAAGGGUGUCUAACCUAAUGAGGUUUCGGGAUUUUUGGUGGAUUUCUUGCAUCUGUUUGAUUCCUGUCCCCAGUUCACAUGGAUGAGUGAAUCGCCUGUGUUUGUAGAUGGCUUUAUGGUAUUCUUUGUCGUCCCUUCUAGAAAUAUGUCAGGUGCUGUAUUGACAGUGUUCACCUUGUUAUACGGAGGACACUGGGGCACCGGGAGAUUAAAUUAACUCCUCUGACCUCCCCUAGCCAACAGUGACAGCACUAGAAUUAGAAGCCACCGUUGCUAAAACUCCCCAGUAGCAUGGCCGCCUGCCCCUGGCCCUGCCCCUGGAUCAGGCAUGAUGUUCACCACGUCUUAGGGGGUAGGGAGUGGGACCUGGGUCGCCAGCACAGCACUACAAUGCAAAUCACUGCAAAAGUGACUGUCUAUUGAUGGCCCACGUAUCAGGCACCACGUGAGGGCUCUGUGACUAUAUUUCUUUGCAUUGUCACAGCACCUCCACAAGGUCUGUGUCAUAUGGCCCUGUUGGCUGGUGAGGAAACUAAAACUCAAGAGUGACCUGUCUGGGGUCAGACAGCUGGUGACUGUGAGUCUGACCUCGGACGCCAAGGGCCCCACCGUUGGAGACCCCCAGGAGCAGGUGUUCUCUCUCAGCACUCCCACCGCCACAUGGUUAAGCUCGGGAUGCCCACGUUUGCUCCCUUUGGAGCUGUCCUGAAAUCAGUCUAAAUCCUCAGCUCUUUUACUCCUACAACUAGCGGCGUCUCACGAUGCGCUCACCCGGGAGGCAGGGCGCCCGGGUCCUGGUGCUUCGCUAAGCAGGCCUCCCCAGAAGGCAGCUGGCGCCCAGAGCCGGUCCUGAUGCCACAUGGGGCCCGGGCACUGUGCUGUGCAGCUUUGCCAGAGAUGCGGAGCCCUGCCCUCUUGCCCAGCCGGAGACCACUGACGUCGCUGGGCGGGUGUGGCCAGGCAUUUGCUCCUGUCUUGGGCUGGAGGCUCCUGGCCCCAGGCUCUCCAGGAAGGAGCUACAGAUCAAAGGCAGUCACUCCUGUAAGAGGAACUGCUUUGCAAAAAUGAUUAUAAAUGCAACACCUUUCUUCAGAGGAGUGCAGCUUUACCAACACCAUCUCAUUAACAUUCAUGUUAUUAGGGCGCCUUGCUUUAUCUGCAUCCCCAGGCUUUCGGUCCCAGUCCCCAAUCUGCAUCCUAAUGCCCCGCUCUGUCCAGCUGGCCUCCCCGCCCCCCAUCUCUUGGCUCUGUGUCCUUCCGUAGGGGAAGGGCAGAGCGGGGCCCGGCUCAUCCUGGAAGAUCAGGCACGAACCCUGUUACUCAGCACACCAAGCAGGAAGCGGCAGGACAGCCAGCAGGCUGUGGCUGGGCACGAGGACUGGGAGAUAAAUAGGAGUUCUCCGCCCUCCAUCAUCUCGCCUUGCUGCCCCAGGAGCCCUGACGCCUUUCAAGAACAGCUGAGCCCUACCCCCUUAUCUCUGCUUCUGGAAACGGGGGGGCCAGACCCCGCACCACAGACGAGGGCACCAGGAAACCAGUGAGCGCCGCACAUGGGGUCUACACGGCCCCCUCAGCAGCCCCACGGCUGCGCUCUCAGCCACGUGCUCUCUGCCUUGGCAAAGUCAGGGGCAAGGACACUGGGUCAGCGCAGCGUUUUUCCUCGUGUCCUGGGAGCUCGGGUGCCCUUCUCUCUCCGUCCCCAGCCACCCACCUGCUCUGUCCUCUCCUUUGGUCAGGAGGUGAGUUAGGACCAAAGGCUCAGUGUUGACUAAGACAUUUAGGGUAAACCAUGUGGUUAAUUCUGUCCGGUCGUCGUGCUGUCAUUGCUGUGUUGAUGUGAAUGUAGAUAUGUGGACAUGUCGUGGAGACUUGGUGGUACAUCCCCUCCAUCCCCCACUGGCCUGGUCUUGGGAGCAAGAGCCGGGAUGCCGUGUGACAGCACGUGGGGUUAGACUGAGAGUUCUGUGAUCUCUGGGCCACCAAGUCCUCCCUCAGGGGCCAGAAGGCCCAAGUCAAAGUGAAGAACAGGUUCCCUGGAAACUCACCUCCACCCUGAAGACUGAACUUGGGUGACCGCAGGCCACUAGGGUAUAUUUCAGUCUGUCAAAUUCCACGCUUUGUGAGCUUGCCCACACAUACACGGUUUUUAAUUUCUCUAGAAAAGCAUAUAUUUAAAUGCAAACCGGGAAACUGUGCCAGAUGCUUUGUGCUGAGUGGUACGUGAGGUCCAGUGUAAGCAGACCGGCUGUCAGCAAGUCAUGUAGACCAGGAAAUAGAAAGCUAAUUGCUGUCAUUGCCCAUAUUACUGCAGGCGGGUGUAAAUUCAGAACAGUAGUUCUAGAACUCCAGAAGUAUCUUUCCGGCAAGUUUUGGUUUUGUAAAUGUUCUCUCUACGUGACUGGUAUUUUUCAGUGACUUUUGGAAUUUAGAUAACUUUAAUGGAAUAGCAAUAGAUGUUUGAUUAAUAAAACUAAUUGUAAUAGUUAACGUGUACCGAGCACUUACUGCGUCUUGGGCACCAUGCCAAGGGUUUUUAUAUACGCCUGAGCUCAUGAAAAUAAUAAAAGGCUAGAUAAAUAAUAAAACAGAGAGUCAUAAUUUGUUUUCCCACUCUGGUUGCCUUUUCAGUGAGAAGUCUGUCAUUCCAAAUUUAAGGGCAUACUUUUGGCUAUUAGAGGAAAAAUUCUCUAACAAAUCACUGAGUGUCGCUUACGGCUAAUAACUGGCCUCUUCCAUCCAGAUACAAGGAGAUGUGAUAGACAACUGCCCUCAAAUUCAGCUUAACUUCACCUGUAAUCCUACUCCGUUAUGAGUGUCUGAUGGUUUACUAAUAUUUAUAAGCCAUCAUUUAAAUAGGAAGAGGCACUUCAGCCUAGAUUUGGAUGAGUUGUAUCUUAACAUUUCUUCGGCAGCUCAUGGAAGGCAUUAACUAUAAUCACAACUCCUACAAAAAGUCAUUACGUGCCUCUGAGGCAUUUAUUAGAGAAUCCUAAUCGCUGUGUUGCCCAGCCUGUCCCUGAGUCAGCAUUGCCCAAAUGUAAAACCCCUGGAGGUCAUUAACCAAAACUAAAUAUCAUCAGUAAGGAAGAUCAGAGUCCCAGACCUAGGAAAUCCUGGGGCUAAUCUCAGUAGAUUUCUGUCUAGUUGAAUGUGGUUCUCUGGGUCAGCAGAGGAAGACAGGGCAUGCCGAGGAAAAUAGACCCUAUUUCAUCAGAGGUCAUGGACUGUGGAAGCUAAAAGUUUUUUUUGGAGACGGUCCUGCUGCCCUUCAGAUGACAGAUGAAGAAGCAAAAGCCCAGAACAGUUCGGUGGCGAGGUCGGGAUGGAACAGCAACAUUUAUCUGCCGACUCCCAGCCUCUUGGUCUUGUCAGCGUCUCAGGCCCCCGCGAUUUCUGUACGAGAUUAUUCCAAACACGUCACUUAAAGAAGCAGCGGUUCAGGGCCCCUAUGACCCAUCUGUCGGUGACAUUACACUGUAUGAUGUGAGGCCACUGAGCGUGGUGAUUCCUUUUCUCAUUUCUACCCUCUGAGAAAAGACUCUCAUAGUCAUAAUAUUCUUCCUGGCCAUUUACCUGAAAUGACACAUGAACUAGACAAAUUUUUACAGAAGGGAUGAAGAAAAAACCAAAGUGGUCCUAAGUUUGAGUCCAUUUGCAUCUAGAGCUAGUUCUGUGAUUAGUAGCCCCGACUGGGGAGCUUUUGAAAUGACACAUGUCCAGGCCAUGCCUCGGGCAGAUUAAAGAAGAAUCUCUCAGGGUAUUUUUAAAGCUUUCCAGGUGAUCCCAGUGUUCAGGUUCGAGAACUACUAUUGGAGAAUGACCGCCAUCAGCCCCAAGAGUAAGGUGGCGGCGAUUAACCUGUUUCCUCCUGCUCAUCUGGCUGUGCGGGAGCCCUCGCAGCUGCUGAUGACCCUCCCGCAAGUACAGGUAGCCUUGCUGUUCAGAGCCUGGUCCGUGGCUAGCAGCCCCGGAACCGUCAGGACUGUGUUCGUCGUGCUGACUCUCGGGCCUCUCCCCGUACCUGGAUUUGCACCAGAUCCCGGGGACUGUGUGUGCACAGCACAGUGUGAUGCCUGUGUGCUGGUGGGAACAGUCCUCACCAGUACCGCCGUCCUGGGAAUCGAUCACAGUUCUCUUUAAAGACCACACUGACUGUGUGUGCACACCUGCCUCCCGCAGCGGAAUCGAUAGGUUUCCUCGGUGCUCGAGAGGGCGGAGCUCCUCUGUCACUGCAGAUGCUGCCACCCUCCCAGAUUUCCUUGCAAACAUUGUAAAAGGGAUCUGGGUGACCUGAGCAUCUGGGACAGGUCGGGAAGGAGGUAAAUCUGCGAACGGCAUAUGAGGAGGUCUUUUGUUCGCCAGUAUCUUUGUGUGGGCAACUGUGUGUUUUCCGUCCCAUCAGCUCUCAAAGACCUGCCAGAAAAUCUCACAUGAGUGAGACUUAUGUAGAAUUAAUAUGUCCCGGGCUGUAAGAGGAUGAAUGGAGUUAGUGCUAUUUUUAGCACAGUUUUUUUCUGGCCAGAAUAAGCUAAUUCUAGAGAGGAGCAAUUUUCUGCCACACAGAGUUCAUCUGUAAUACUCGGCAGCCGGGUCCCACCUUGCAGAAACGGUGGGCGUGUGGAGUCCCUGCUGGUUCAUCCUCCAUGGACCUGCGCUUCCUUCCUAGGGAAGCAAAGCACUUCUUAUCCUGUCCCUCUCCGUAGCCACCGCUUGAGAGACUCUGGCUGACAAAGAAGAUUUCACUGCCACAGGCAUGCGAGGGUAGAAUGCACUGCCUCCUGAGAAGAGGUACUUUAUAAACACAUAUAAUACGUGUGUUAAUUUGGGAGGGCUAAGAAGAAUGUCACCUGUCCUGAAUAGUUGUGAGAUUCCUCUGGAGUGGGUUCUGGCAUUCCAUCCCUACUUCUCAUGGAUCGGGAGACGUGUUUCACGUGUUGGGUGGUUCACGAUCACUUGAAAUACAACAGGCACCCCAGGCAGCAGUCUCUAAGCACAGAGUCAUUUGUUGCCACAAAAACACUAAAACCUACAUGGCCACCGUUUGCCUGAGUCACACCGUUGUCUGUCAGACCAGCAUCAAAGCGUGAGCUGCGGCUGGUUAACUGAGUAGGAAGCAGAAGGUGAACAGAGGAGCCAGCUGGGAAAGGAGGCCAAAGGGGCAGGACAAGAGAUCAGUGCCCCGUCCCAGGAGGAGGACACAUUCGGGGUGUAAUACCUGCUGAUGGUGGGUUAGAUCUGCAUGGAAUAGGGGACCAGGAAAGGCACAUAGAAGGCAAGAGUAAAAUUACCGGGCCUUCCCUGGAACUUACAGGCAGACACCCGUGUUUAUUUCACUCAGCAGAACCGACUGGCUGACUCGUGAGGGCGGCUGAGCCCGCGGCAGAGUGCAUGCGGCCCCCAGGACUAAAACAUCCUCAGCCUUGCUCUUUGCUGACGUCACCUCAAAGUCAGGCCACACCUCUCUCGCAGGCUUCUGUCAGCUCACGGUAUAAUCCCCAGCCCAGCCUCCACCUCUUGAUGGGGGAGAUCCUGAAAUACACGUGAGGGCAGGGCUGUAUGUCAGGUGCUGUCCUUGGACUUCAAGUCGCCCUCCCCACUUCUGUAUUUCACUGAUUAGAGCUGAAUUAAUAGAUUGGGGCUGCAGAGGAGCUUCUCCUUCCUAAUUAUGCAUUUUUGGAGAGGCACAAACCGUGCUUUUCCCCUCACUGCGCCUCUGAGUCACAUGUGCCAAGCCCCUCACCCUUGGUCUUGGGAAGAAUCACGAGUCAGUGAUUGCAGGCUGCCGUGACCGUGGUCAGCACAUCAGCUCAUUAGUGGAAAUGAGCUCUAGGCUCUCAACCCAGUUGACUAACCAUGAAAUCUCCUUACCGCUUGAAAAGGAGGGAGUGAGCCACGGCGAGGAUGUUUCGGUCUGCGCGGCCGUUUUGGUAACGCCUCCUGAAGGCGCGUUGGUGAUGUUGGCUAAGAAGAAGGGUGUUGUGCUGGUUUUUAAGGGCACACCCGUGUUCUUUUUCCAUGUAAUUCGCCUCACGGAAGGUAGCCACUCUGGUUCGUGGGUGGGAAAAGGAAAAUGGAAGAGCACUUUACUUGCAAGGCAGGGGCCUCUUGGGAGGCAGGUCUCUCAAAGGCAUCUGUAUACAGUGCCUGGUUCCCAAAAUAUCCUCGUAUGGACCAUGACCUUCAGUCUCUUUGACAGCAUUUGGUUGGACAGAUGUCGUAGUUGGGAUUCCUUGGGUGUGUUCGUAGGCAUUUUAUCUUGACUCUCUUCUCUAAACAUGAUAUGCCCUUCAGUUUUAUGGCAAUGCGGACAAUAAAUAUUUCCCAUGGUAACUUUCAAAGGCCUUAAUGGGAAAACAAAAAUUUAGCUUAGACUUUAACAAAAUUCCAAAUAAUGAAAAAGAAUAAAUACACCAGCUGGCUAGGCAUGGUGUUGAUUUAUGAAAGGGAAGGUUGGGUCUGGCCUAAAGCUUGAAAGGCUGAAGACACUGGAUUAAAGCAGAGCCAAGUGCAAAAGAGAACCUUUAAAGACAUCUCAGGCCAUAAGCCUUCCAGGCGCCUUCCUUACACAGCACAGUGACAGACAGUCGACUUUUCUCCCAGUAAAAAGGAAUGUGCUGUUUCUCAUAAGGAUGGCAGGCAGAGAACUAGGCCUUAACCACGAAUGUGCCCCCCACCCCCGGGUUCCGUUUUUACCCCUUCGUUCUCACUGCACGAUUUCUGUCAAUCAUCCUCCUGUCUUCCUCUGCCUCCUGGGACCUGCUGCCUCCCAAACCUUGAUCUUGAAAGUCAGACUUCUCUGCCAGGCCCCAAACCUAGAUGUCCGAUAGCUGUUACUGCAAAGUUGCAUGCAGUUGGUCCCCAGGCAGUUGCAAUACUAAAGUCCUCUUCUGACCAGUACCCAGGCCCUCUUCAAGUGUGGUUACCUGUCCACGUGGACGGGUGCACCACCCGAGACCAAAAGCCAGGAGUCAUCCUCAGCCUUCCCUUCUCCCCUACUGCCUCAUCUCAGUACCCCAUUUGUGAUCAGCGAGGAAAUCCUGCGUUCUCCCUUAGCAUCUCUGGAAUUCUGCCCUCUUUAUCAUUUGGGACUAUGGUUGUCCCCACAGCUAGGAAAAGCACGGAAGGGGUUAGGAGAUUUUUGAAGUUAUCCCUGUCAUAACUGCGAUCUCACUCAUCUCCCAGGUGCUCCCUUGAGUCGGAGAGGAUGGAGUGGAAUUAGGACCCUGGACUUGCACAUCACCCCCAGCGCACUGCGGGAGUGUGUGAAUAUGCUUGUGUUGUGUCUUGUGGCAGAAAAAAAUGGACACCUGCUGGGUCCUAAGGGUGAGAUUCGACCUCCACGCUGUGUCCCUGACUUUCUCUCCAGCGUCUAUGACACUCUUGCUCACACACUAUAGUCCGGCCGUAGGAUCACACACAGGUGUUGUUUCACUUCUGUGAAGGUAGAAUCAAAUAUUCCUUCAUGUGAAUCCACCGUAGUGGGGUGGUGAUUUCAUCCUGUCAUGCUGAAUUUUACUCCCCCCGGUUAUUUACCUCUUAGUCUCUCCUGGAUUAAGCUCCAAAUGCCUCAAAGAGAGAGAAGGUUCUCAGAGCCCAGCCUCAUACCGUAGAUGCUGCCCAACAAAUGUGUGUUGAAUAAAUGAGCUCUCAGGAAAAGCUUUUAUUCAUCGACACUCUCUGACUAUAAAAUAUCUCAAGAGCUGUUUACAAACCGAGGGCGGGGGGUGCAAGAGGGAGGUGGGAGAGUGUCCUCAGUACUUUGAUUUUCCAUUGCAGUCCUUUUAGUCAGGUUAGACGCCUCCUCCACAAACUACAAGACACAAGCAUGGAUGAUCACAAAGCAUUUUUCUACUCUAGUAACACCUGCGUCAGUUAAGAAACUAAGACCUUACCAAGGCUUAAAGAGGUCAAGUGGCUUGACCGUUAAGUACUGGGAGUUGGCAAAGCCAAGUCUCAAACCCAGACCUUGUGAUUGUAAGUGUGAUAUUCUUUCCACUACAGAACAAGUAAAGCUGGCCAAAUUUCCCAAGACCUCUUUCGUAGAAGAAACCAUCAAAAUAGAUGAGCCGCUGCCGAUCAAGCAUUGUCAAUAAAGAGUUGUUACCUUAUUGCCUUAAUUUAAGAUGUCUCCCAUAUUCAUUUUUUUAAUUUAUUUUUUGAGAGAGAGAGAGCAUGAGUAGGGGAGGGGCAAAGAGCGAGGGGGAGAGAGAGAGAAUAUCCCAGGCAGGCUCCACACUGUCAGCAGAGUCCAAGGGGCUCGAACUCACGAACCGUGAGAUCCUGAUUUGAGCCAACAUCAAGAGUCGGACGCUUAACCGACUGAGCCACCCAGGCACCCUAAACGUCUCGCGUAUUCUUAGUGUAUCCCCUAUCUGAGUUUAUCUCUGCCAUUUGAAUUUUGGUGACAGUGCUGUGUAUAUGAAGGCCUAAACCUGAAUCCAAUCUCUAGAAGACUGAGCUUCAGGGUAAGGGUAUUUAUAGAACAAUUGAACUGUCAUAAUUUCCCUGAGCUCUGCCAACAAGUAAUUUCCAAAGUUGGUAAACGAUCUCACACAUGAGAGUAGAAGGUAGAAAUCAAAAUGAGACAGUAAAAUUAAACUCGAACUCAUAAAGAAAUAGCGGCACUGGAGGGGAGUUCUUCAUUUGGCAAAAUAUCAACCAAAGUUUAGUACUGUUGUGGAAAAGGAGAUGAAUAAUAGAGUUGCUAAAAACAAUAUCAGAUGUCUUGCUCAGAUGUUUAAUGGAUUUGCAUUUUAAACAUGGCUAAUAUGAAAUAGCCCUUAAGGCAUAUUUUUUUCAAACUUGCCAACUAUUUUUAGUAUAGGGAAUAAUUUUUUAGAAACCAGCUUCAUUUGUUUAAAAAAAAAGGUACUUAAUCAUUUUUGCCUAAAUAUGAUUAAGAGAGGAAAAUUACACUAGUUAUCUGCUCUCAUUCGCUUAGUAUAAAUCCCAAAGGCCAUGGAGGUAGCUAAAUAAAUAAAUGGAGAAAGAUCACUGUGCGAGGUAUGGUAUUUAUUUGUCUGUUGUAAAUGAAGUUGUCAUUGCUAAGCCAAUCAAACCAUGCAUUUUUUAUGAGGUUGCAACUUGCAGAGAUGGAAAUGUUAGACACUAAUUAAUAAACGUGGCUGGCAAAGCAACUCAAACAAGUCAGGACUCUGACGCUAAGCUAGGGAAGGAUCAGUAGAAUACGAAAUUCAGCGGGGCUUUUCCGUGGAUUUGAUGAGACGUCGGUACCCUGUCAGAAGGUUCAAGGGAAGAUACGGUUGGCUUAAGUUUUCCAAGUUAGUUUUGAACCAGAGGUUUUAAAGAUUUGCUUGAUAGAGGGGUAUCCUUGUGGGGGCUUUAGUCUGCCUUGAAGUUGAAAGGAAACCCGAGAUUACUGGAUAAAGCAUCACUAAUCUCAGCAGCGUUGAAGCCGCAGAGAGUGGGUGAAGGGAGUCCAGCACUGCACGUGGAACACCCAUCGAUUCUGCGCCUGGUGUAGGGGGUGGUUUUGCUUUCUGUCAUCAAGUUCACGUGUAAUUGAGCUCAUACCCUGGUAAAUAUUGCAGACGAAUUGCUGGAAAGCUCUCCAGACCUUACAAAGGAGAAAAACCUACAUGACUUGAACUCGGGGAGCUUUUCACACGUCACCCGAAAAGAAAAUAAUGCAGUUCUGUUGCUGUGCAGUGUACGAGGUUGUAUCCUAUGAAAUCGUCACCCUUCAGCUAUUCACAAUCUACAAAAUGGGAAUUUCACAUGAUUCAGCCUAAUAGCAUAUAGGUGUUCCUAUGUAACAUAUACAGCGGUUAUAUUAGUGAAGGAAGUACUGUGUUUAUAUGUGAGAAAGGUCGUUGUGCCUUUUUGUGGAGAAGCAUAUGGAUGAGGUCCCGGUAAGAGGGAGUUGUCCAGUUUGACUAGAGUUGAAGACAAGUGUUGAGCAAUCAGGAGAAAGAAGCCUGGAAGGGUAAUUCGGGGUCAAAGCUUGGAGUUGCGUGAAAGGCCAAAGAGCUGGAAUUUAAUUUGGCAGAUCAUGGAAAGUUUUGGGGCAAGGGACAGAAAUUACUAGAGCAGAGUUUCAGGCAGAUUAAAAAGGCAGCAGUGUAUGAGAUGCUUGGAAGGCAAGGACCAGAAGUAGAGAGGGGGCCACUUCCGGAAUUUGAGGGACCAGGAAUCAGGAGCUAACAAGGUAGCACCAGUGGAAACAGCAAGGGGUAGUGUAGAGAAAAAAAACUGAGCGGAAAUUCUAAACUGGGAAUUGAAGGGGAAGAAAAAUCAGCAAAUUUAGGCCCAAGCCAGAGCGUCAGUCCGGUGAGGGGCUGGGAAAACAGACCCGCCAGCUGUCUCUUCCAGCGUGCAGGUUUCCAGCCGGGGUUGGAUAUUCAAGUGCAGGCUGGCAGGUUGCACUGUCCAAAGGGUGUUUCCGGCGGGGAUGCGGCAGGGGUGUGGCUGAAAGCAGCUGAGUGAGAGGGUUCUGGGAAGCAGUACCAGGGAUUGCCAGUAACUGGGUCGAGCCCCGGGCGGCAGGUGCACUCCUGGCUUGGCCAGGACCGGGGGCUGGGUUUGCACAGAGUGAACAGGUGCACAAGGACCAGGUCAAGCAGCAGGCAUCCCCACACAGAGUGAAGGUGAACAAGGGAGGCACAGCGAUCCACUCCCCAGCGCACAGGGCCCAGCUCGUCCCCGUUCACGGGGUGAUGACACGUGGGGAGUGGCGAAUGACCUCAAAACAGCUGGUGUUGGGGAAGGAGCCCCCGUGAGCCUGGCAGGCUGGGUUCUCCUUUAUCCCAAGGCUUUGACAGAGCCGAGCCCAAAGAUGGCCAUUACAGGCAGAGGCUAAUGUCAAAAGGACAAUUUAUUUUUAAAGCAGACUCAUUUGUCUUAAAAUAUGAGAUUAUGCUGAGUUUGUGGCAUGUGGAGUCAUAGUAUUGGAAAUAUAAAUGAACUACCCAGGUCAUUAAACCACCCCUUAAUGGUUGGCCUGGCCAGGCGUUAUUAUUUCAGUGUGUAUUUUGCAUGGCUCAGUUAGGCAGCAUGUCUAAUUUAGCAUCUGGGUAACAUCUGGAAGAAUGACUCUCGGAGCAUCCAUCACUGGUUUUGGAAGACAAUUCCACAAUCAAAAGGAAAUCAUGAUUAGAAAGGAUAUCUGUACAUUUCCCAUUUAGUAAUAAGGGCAAAUUAUUACCUUUCUGCUAAUUUUGGCUCAUUAAUCAGCGGUGAUUGUACUCCCAGCUGUCACACAAAGUCCUCGUGCGGUCUUCUGCGGUUCUCGGGGCUGUCCCAAGUAUCGCCUCAACAGCGCUGUAAUCCUACAGGCCUUUUGUUACAUUGAGUCUUCCCGUUUGCCUUUGUUUCCGAAACUUUUUAUGCCCUCCAGUUUUCUCGUCAUUAAAGCAUAUGGAUCUCAAGAAUCGAGACAAAAGUAAGGUGUGCCUGCAGCCUUACAGUUGUCACUCAUUUUGCUGUACUUUUCACCAAAUUUAUUUGGGAGCUCAACUGAUCGGAUGAAUUGCUCGUUAUAUUCCAAAGAUGCAGUGACCGAGACGUGAGGACUGAAAUGUAAUCAAAGAAAGGGCUUUCUGUUCACGAGAACGUUGCGAAACACAAUAGCAGUGCCUUGUACAGAAAUAACAGCUAAUGAGGUACCAAAGUUGAAGGACUGGAGGGGUUACAAAGAGACCUAGGUUAACCUCUCCAGGUAACGUAGUGUAAGAGCUCCGAGAAAAAUCAAACUAUGAAAAGGUGAACAUUCUUCGUGAAUAGCCGUGCUCCGGAGAGCGUUACACUCCCGCGUUGGUGUCACAAUUCUUUUUCAUUCACAUCCCCUGCCUCCUACUUUGAGCCCAUGCAUUUUUCUUGUAAUUUUAAGAAUAAAUAAAGCACAACGGAAGCUUGCGUUACUACUUAAUCUGAAAACACAGAACCUAAUCACAGCUAAUGAGUAUAAUAAGUGCCGGGCUGUACCUCCUCUUGUUUGUAUGUGUUAUGUAUGUCCAGAAGGUAACACUGGCUGAGUAACUAGGACGCCAAGUUACAGAUGGGGUUGCGGAAUGUUACUUGACAGCCAAUUAGAGUAAUCUGUCAGAAAUGAUGACUUAAUCACCAUAACAGACUCCACAUUCCCUCCUCAUAUUCCACCCAGGGUAAUCUAAUUUUCCCGCCAUAUUUUGUUUUAUUGAUUUUAUUUUAAAAAAAAAAAUUUUUUUUUCCAGGACUAAAUGGCUAUAUUGCUUGUUUUUCCCCCUCUGGUAUAGCACACGAUUGUAGGAGAAAUGUAAGCCAUUGUAGCUAAACGAGCUUCCCUACAACUCAACGGGCCAAACGCAGAUCUAUAAUUCGGGUUCUCUAGGUUUUUCUCCAUCACUGGGUUGUAAAAAAAGCUGAGAGUUGAAUGAACCUAGCUGCAUACCUCCCAGGUGAGCGAGAGAAGCUGUUCCCUUCCAGUAUGUUAUCCUGGCUUUUGAAUGGGACCUUCCCCCCCACCCCUCGAGGGAAACCCUUACGCUUUUGUAAAAUCGUAAUGGUAGUGAUGACUUCUUUCAGCGCCUAAGCACUCAGUGCUGUAAGCAUUUCACGCGUAUCAGUCAGUGACUGUCAGGAAGAAAUAGUUGUUUCCACUCUGAAUUCUCUCCCCUGGUUGUGAUUUGCCAUGGGAAGAGAAAAGGUAACUUCGGUUUCCUUACUGUUACCAUGUUCAAAACCACUUUUUUCCUUGGCUGAGAUCACUUUUAUAAAAACUGUGGUUAGCAAAUAUUGGUUGAAAGUUUUCUAUGCACCUGCUUGUGUUAACCUAACUGGUGGGAAUGCACAACAACAAUUUGGAGUAGCCCUGGGACUCCCCGAGUGUAGACGAAUCCCACGCACUCUCUUCCCACCAAGAAGUUCCAUCUUCAGAGGGCAGUUACGCACUCUGUUUUCUCCAGGAUUUCCAAAGCUUAUUCAAAUACACAGGCAUCGUACAAUCCAGUCAGUUAACAGAAAGUCAAAUGCCAGGCUCUUCUGGUGUGAAUGAUGGCUUUUCCAACAACAAGUGGUCCACACUGCUGGGGCGCCUGGAUGGCCCAGUCGGUUAAGGGUCCGACUUCAGCUCAGGCCAUGAUCUCACGGUCCGUGGGUAGGAGCCCGGCUGACAGCUCAGAGCCUGCUUCAGAUUCUGUCCACCCCCCCCUCUCUGCACCUCCCCCACUUGUGCACACGCUCUCUCCCUCAAGAAUAAGUAAACAUUAAACAAAAAACCAAGUGGUCCACACAGACUGAUUUUAUGGAUUCUAGUGUACUUUCUUGCCCCAUCCGUUGGGAAGGAAAACGCAAAGUGUAGGCUCAAUUAAUGUCAGGGAUUCAAAAUUAUUUUCCUGAGGAUAACUGAUAGCUACUCUUGUUCCUCAUCAGUCCAUUUAUCAUCGAUGGAAGCGGGGAACGUUUCAGAUAGCUUGGCCCAUGGAACACACCUCUGAGUCUGAUUCUGUCGUGUGUAUCUUGUUGAGGAGGGGCUGACGAGGGGGUCGUGGAAGAAUGAGCCCCGAACCCCUGGAUUAGGAUGCACAGCCCCUCCACAGUCAAAUGGCACAUUGGCCACGGUAGCCCUUCCCCGCCAUGGCCACAAGGCUACGGUUUUUUUCCCUCUCCAUUACAGCCUUUGGGGUUGUCUUUCCUGCCCUUUUUCGUGGUGAAAACAGACAGUAACUCUUGUUCUGAAGCUCACUUAAAAUGUUUUUAUGGACGUGUGAAAUAUACAUAGUCCCAGACAUCUAUGCGCACGCGCGCGCGCGCACACACACACACACACACACACACUGCACACAUUCGCACACGAUUCUAAGUGGGAAGAAAUUUAGACAACCUUUGUGUUUAGUAAGGACGAGGGAAAUUCUGGUGAUUUUAUUGGUUCUUAGAAACCCGAAAUUCACUUGCAGAACAGGUGUCCGGUUACAUGCUAGGGGAAGGAGUAGUCGGGGACUUAGGCUCCUGUGAGACAGUCCUGAGUCUGAAUCCCUCCCCCACUACUGACUUGAUGUCUGGCUUGGCCCAGGUUACUUACGCCUCCCUCUCUCACUCCCCUCUCCCCGCUGGCUCCCCGUAUGGACCUGUCUCAGGGUUACUGGGACAGUUAAGAUAUGUAUGGAGGCUAUACAACAACAUUUGGCACAGGAAUAUUGAGAAGAAAAGAUUUCCUCUGUUUCUCACAAAAACAGUUCCCCAAAAUUGCCUGAAUUCUCCACUUAGCAGGUGUAGCUACGGGCUGGUUGUGGCUGAUGCAACACGAUUUGUGUCAUCGAUUUCUUGCAGAGGUGUCUGUCAUACUGUUACUAAAGUUCUUACUCAGUGGGGAUAAGUCCACAUUCCUAAAGCUACCUUUGUUUCUCCCCACCCCCCUCACGCCGAGCGGAACCGUGACCGAAAUGGCACAGUGAGCUGCUGCCUGGGGAGGCGGGCCAGCCUUCACGGCUUCGGGGCGCCUAACUGUCACAGAAGACCCUUAACCAUACACACAGUCUAACAUCUGGGGCCACGGCAUGCCUCCAAGAGGAGGCAAAUCUUCUGAAACUUAUUUUUGCCGUUUAUAAAGGCUUUUCGAGACAAAUGCAGAAAGUACAGGUGCUGUAGGUAUUUCACGGCCUCCUAUACAGUGAGAGGGGAGGUACUCCACUUGAGCUAUAUCGGCAAUGCCACAGAGCGCGAGAGCUCUGCUUUGUCUUGAAGGGCCGGGAUCCUGUCGUUUUCUCAUUUGGUGCAUGGCUUUUGUGUGAAGUCACGUCUCCCCCCUCCCCUUUUCUUCCUUUAAAUAUUUUAUGGGCAGUGAGCUUAUAAUAUGUACUAUCACGGCUGUUCCCUCAGGGGUCAGGACAGGCUUAAUAAUGAGAUACAGGAGAGUGACUCUGUAAAGCCCACUUCAGGUUAAAAAUGGCAUGUUUUAUUGAAUCUCGUGUUAAAGGUGGUUAACUCAUCAAUCGGUGAUGGCUGGGGUUAGACAAGUUUCUACACGAGUUCUGACUCUGUGCGGGAACCCAGUGUCUCUCUCCCCCAGGCCCUCCAGCUCCCAGACUCGGCCUGUGUUAAACAUUGGCUGCUGCAACUCAGAAGCUCCCUGUGACUCAUCACAGGACCAGGGCAGAGAGGUUUGGAGAAAUCACGCCAGACUUCGGAUAUAAUGGGAGCUCUAGAGAUUGCGGCCCACGAAUGCUAGUGCGCUCUGGCCCAGCCCAUCUCUGCCACUGUGACAUGGCAGGACCCUGUACGUGCAGGGACCACCCCCCACCCCCGCCCUCCGCGGACUUGGCGUAAUGGCUUUGCUCCAACGUUGUGUCCUCAUUAUCAUUUUCAUGAGCCACAGCUGGGCACUCCUGUGACGAUUUGAAGGUCAGCACAUUCAGGAGUGAGGAUCGUCGGGCCCUAUCAAGAGAUCUGCAAUUCCGAAGACCGGGGGUUGGGAAACCCAGUUCUGGGGCCCUUUGUGUAUGUGGGGGGAUGAGAGGAGGGAAGGCCACGUGCUGCUCCCUCGUUAGGAUGUGGGAUAAAGGGGGAGACUUUAGAUCGCAAGGCUGGCGUGCCCCAACGCCGACCCACAGCUUCCCAGGAGAGUUGCAGGUGUGGGAUAGCAGCUGUCCCUGAGUCAGAGGGGAGCCGGCUCUGGGUUGCUGUUGACGCCAUUGCUCAGAUCGGGCAUGAGAUUCAGUCCUGAACCUCAAGAGGCUCCAACUCCCUGGAAGCCUGAUCAGGUCCCCAAGAAAUGGACGCCCCUGAACCGCAGUAACUGUCUUCUUCUCUGGGAGUCUCCACCUUCCGUAAGUGGGAUGGAAUGCUAAGUCCGCAGAUGGAACCGAAAUUAACCAAUCCUUUCCCCCGCCCCUGCCAGGAGGGAAGGAGCUCUUAAAAUUUCCCCUUUUGUUGGAAUUCAUUUGUUUUUAAACAAACAGGGCUAGACAGAGACCGAGAAGUUGACCCACACCUUGAUGUGUCACUUGAGGCAAAAUGUUGUUCUACAAUAAAAUGAAAAAUUCAUGUGCAAAGAAGUCUUCAAGGAAAUAGAUUUGGAAGUCUUUCUUCAUAGAAAUGCAAACUUGAUGAAAUAUGUUAAGUCACAUUCACUGCCGUGAACAGGAUCCAUUUCCAAAACGAUUGAUCUUGGCAUUUCCCGGGACAAGCGCUCUGCCAACAGGGAGCCCUGUCGUUAGGUUUGCUCCAAGGACAGCUGGCUUGAACACCAAUAAUAGACUCACUACUCCUGUUUCCCUCAUGCCUGGGGAAAACCGCCCUGUGGAUGUCACAGGCUGGUGUUUAUGACAUUCGUGGACUCCUCCAACAGUGUAGACAUAUCAUGACAGUACAGACCAACUCAAGACUUUUUCAGACACAGCUGACCCUGGAUGCUUAGGGAGAUGCGGAUUCAACUUCAUUAGUGCAAAUGAAGACUCCUUGCAAAAAUUCUUGAAGAUCACCCUCCCCUAGGGAACUAGCCUCAGCCUUAACUCUGAGAUGGCCUUGCGACAGAUGCAUCAUCCCAUUCAGAUGAAACCUGCCGAUAGUGAAAAGUCAAACGCCGUGGAAGACCGAAAAUUGUUCAUAGGAAUGGUUUCGAAGAAAUGUAAUGAGAAUGAUAUCAGGGUGAUGUUUUCUCCAUUUGGCCAGAUAGAAGAAUGCCGGAUUCUCCGGGGACCCGACGGGCUGAGUCGAGGCUGUGCGUUUGUCACAUUUUCUACAAGGGCAAUGGCACAGAAUGCAAUCAAAGCCAUGCAUCAGUCUCAGACCAUGGAGGGCUGCUCCUCACCCAUCGUAGUCAAGUUCGCGGACACUCAGAAGGACAAAGAGCAAAGGCGCCUCCAGCAGCAGCUGGCGCAGCAGAUGCAACAGCUCAACACUGCCACCUGGGGGAACCUGACGGGCCUGGGCGGACUCACCCCGCAGUACCUGGCGCUCCUGCAGCAGGCCACCUCCUCCAGCAACCUGGGUGCGUUCAGUGGCAUUCAGCAGAUGGCUGGCAUGAAUGCUCUGCAGCUACAGAACCUGGCGACGCUGGCAGCCGCCGCGGCCGCGGCCCAGACCUCAGCCACCACCACCAAUGCAAACCCUCUGUCCACCACGAGCAGCGCCCUGGGAGCCCUCACAAGUCCGGUGGCUGCUUCAACCCCCAACUCCAGUGCUGGUGCGGCCAUGAAUUCUCUGACCUCUCUUGGGACUCUGCAAGGGCUGGCGGGAGCCACUGUCGGACUGAAUAAUAUUAAUGCACUAGCAGUUGCUCAAAUGCUCUCAGGUAUGGCGGCUCUGAACGGAGGACUUGGCGCCACGGGCUUGACGAAUGGCACGGCGGGCACCAUGGACGCCCUCACGCAGGCCUACUCAGGGAUCCAGCAGUACGCGGCCGCGGCGCUGCCCACUCUGUACAGCCAGAGCCUGCUGCAGCAGCAGAGCGCCGCGGGCAGCCAGAAGGAAGGUCCAGAGGGUGCAAACCUCUUUAUUUACCACCUUCCACAGGAGUUUGGAGACCAGGACAUUCUGCAGAUGUUCAUGCCUUUUGGAAAUGUUAUCUCUGCUAAAGUCUUCAUUGACAAACAGACCAAUCUGAGCAAGUGCUUUGGUUUUGUUAGCUACGACAAUCCGGUGUCUGCACAAGCUGCUAUCCAGGCUAUGAAUGGCUUUCAGAUUGGCAUGAAACGCUUGAAGGUCCAGCUGAAGCGCUCCAAAAACGACAGCAAACCUUACUGAUCCUAACCCCAGAGGCUCCCUGCUCUUAUUUUAGCUUUCUUAGGGUAAGUCCCACAAGCCAGCCUGUUCUCAACAGGAAAGGCAGAGGAGGACCACAUUGCCAACUUUUACCAAGAGAGACGGUUAUUUUUACAAUAAGGCCUCCAUGUCCCCUUCCCACUCCCCCCGUCCCCGUUCGCCAUAAUUAAAACUCGGGCUACCUUGUUUCUAUUGAGUAAACUCCUCUUCCAGUUGUGCCACUGUAUUCUCCUUUGUUUUGCAAUUUGAAUCUCCUUUUACCUUUGUUUUGUUUUCGUUUUUUGUUUCUUCGGUUUUGCUUUUUUUUUUUUUUUUUAAAGAAAAACACACAUAAAUAAAUGACAUCUUGAGAAUUUAAAAGGCAAACAAAGGCUAAUGUGCAAUUCUAACUCUGAGACCCCUGGUGCCCCAGAGCACUGCCUGGAGAAUUCACCCCUCCUUGUCCGCGCCCACCCUCGAGGAGGGCGCCAACCGUUUAGAGGUUAAGGUGGUGGCCUAGCGCAAGAGAGAAGCCAGGAGAAGCACUUAAAACAACACAAACGUCUUUCCACUACAUUUGGUUCUGUUUUAACAAGUAGGAUUUUAUUUUAGGGUUCAAAGAAACGUGACAUUUAUUGGUCAGAUUAUUACACUGGUUGUCUAUUUCGUUGUUUUAUUUUUAGUUUUUAGAAAGGAUUAAUGUAAAAAAAAAAAGAUUUAGAGAUCUGUUUCUUAAAGCUACAGGGUUUAAAAAUAAAAUAAAAAUGAGUGAAAAUACUUGAUGUUUCUUGAAAGAUAAAUUUAAUAAUAAAUAAAUAAUACAUAAAUACAUAAAUAAAAAAGAAAGCCACAGGCCUGUAAAUUUUAUUUGUAAAAAAAGCAUUUCUAUUUUUGUACAAAAUUUUUACUGCCUCAGAAAUAAUGGAAGUUAUUUAUUGCCUAUUGUUAACUUAUUGGGUACCUAAAGAGCAGUUCUCUGUGCUAGCUAGAUCCUUUUGAAGUAGUCUCUAGAGGAAUCGUUCUAGGAAUGGGCUUUUUUUCACCGUUGAACCCUAGGCCUACAGUUCAUGCUUUAUCCUCUCGUUGUUCGUAUCUGUCUGAUUAUUUUGUUCGUAACUUCCAUUAUCUAGUUUACAGCUCAGUCGUCUGACUCUCCCCAUAUGUUACAUCCGUUGAAACUGGAUCCUCUCCCCUUGUCCCUUGCCAGCCCCCAUCCCAAAACACCCAGAAUCCAUCCCCUCUCCUCCUCCGGAUGGAUUCUCUUGGGGUUCCAUUGUGCUGUGGAUAAAGAUUGUAAGAAAUGCAAAUUACGCGAAUGGCUCGUAGACUCCCUAAUGACCUAAGAUUUGCAUUAGUUUUUCUCCUGCACCCUUAAGAGUGAUUUUGUUGCUGCUGCGUAGAUUCUGUGUAACUUUUUACUCUCCCUUGUUUUCUCCCUAGACAUCUUCAUGCCCGUUAGUUCACCGUUUGCCUAGCAUGUCCCUGUGGCGUCUCAAAAAAAAGUUUCAUCGUCCCGUCAUUGUUUCUGAUGUCUUUCUGACCUCACAUCACAUUUGGUUCUCCUACUGACCUUUGAUCUAGUUUGACCUUUGAAAUUUGCAUGUGACCUCAUCUAGCUAUUGAAUUCUGGGAAGUCAAUGUGAAAAACAUUGCUGCAUUCAUGCAAGACUGAAAUUUAUUAUUAGACAAAUUAAUUAUAGAAAAAACCUGUGGCAAAAACGUUUCUUUCUUAUUUUUUUUCUUUUCAUAAAACAGACUUGAAAGUAUUAUACAGGGAUUGGCAUUCUUCCCGGUCACUGGUAACAAUAGCAAUAUGUGUCCAGGGACACAGAAUGUUGGUUUCUAACAGACUACUUCCAAAAACAGUUUGAGAAAAAAACUGUCUGAUUUUAAGUCUCUAGAGGUCUGUAAUAGUUUUUACAUUUUUCAGGCAGUGUAAAGUUUUUUGAUAAGGCCAUUUUAGGUGGCUCACUUUCUCAUUAAGAUAUAUAUAUAGAACCACUUUUUGUAGAUUAGUAUAAGAAAAAUAUUUACCCUGUUUUGGGGCAAAUGCUACCUAUUUGUGUCACCUUUUGCUGAACUGACUCACAGUUAGACAAUCCAUGGUUUAAUGCACAUGAAAUUACCUAUAUUUUAUACUGUUUCAAUGUACAGGAGAAAGGUUACUGUAAACUGUGUUACGUUGGUGCUUCUGUGAAUUAAGUUGUGGCUUCAUCAUGAGUCUUACGGUCUUAAUGUUCUCUGUUGAUAAGACAAGUUUAGAAUUGGUUUACUUAAAGAAUUUCAAAAAAAAAAAAUGUUUGCUUAAAAAAAAAAUUUCAUGUGAGGGAAAAAAAAAAACCUAUUCCAGAAUAAGUUUUGUGUUGGCUUGUAAAGCAUUGAUGUCAUUUUUUUUUUUUAUUGUGGACUAUUUAGAUGUGUUUGUGUUCAGCAAAAUGUGAUUUUUUUUUCUUUUAAAGAAAAAAAGUGAAAAUAUAUAGUGCCAAAUUCCAAAGGUACUUCCUUCCUAGAGCUUCAGUGUGUUUCUUGUGAGAAGUAAUUUGAUAACAUGGGUAUUUUAUUAUGUGUUUUGUAUAAAUCCCUAAUAUUUAAAAAACAAAAAACAAAAAAAAAGAGGUUAAAAAGUUUGUUAACUUGCUAUCCUGUGGUCUUGUUGCCUGAAAUUGUUAUUGUUUGUUAUUUCUCUAUGAUGUUUUUUGUAAGACAUUGUAUAAGUGCCCAUGUCUCACUUUUUUAACCGCUCUGCACAUCAAUGCUGUGACGGCAACCUCACAAUGUAUUUUCCUUCAUAAUAUAUGGAAACCUCUAAGGUGAGAAAGUUUUGAACUUUUAACCCUUUCUACCCAGAGCUAUCUGGAAUGUGGGUAACUUUUUAUACUGUCAUCAUUUUUCUUUGUUCCGGGGUGUUUCUAAUUUGGAUCCCCCCCCCCCCCCCCCCCCCCGCCACAUCUUUUUUUGUUUUUAUUUUUGUGUUUCCUACUUUUUUUAUCCAUUGGUUGAGACCCAAAAGAAAAAAACUCUGCAAGGCAAAUCUGGAGGAAAAAGAAUAUACUUUAACCCUCUCUGAUUUUUUUUUUACCCUACACCAUUUUUUUUGUUGUCGUUUUGAUUAUUUCUCAUCAUUUAAAAAAAAAAAAUCAGUAUGCUCCUGAAAUUCCUUCUCUGGUUUUCAUUAAAAAGUUUAUUGGCUAAACCUUCUAAAGGGGGAUGGAUGAUAGGUAGAUUCAGCACUUACAUUAACCUUAACUCAUGUAUGCUUUUGAGAUCAGGUUUAGGGGUCUGUUCUAGUGCAGAAUAUUUUCAUUCUACUUCCAAUUAAGCGACUUUGUGUUGAGGUAGUAUUUUGAGGAAUUUUUGUUUCUUACAUGCUUAAAAAGUUAAUGAUGUUUCUCAUCAGCCGUUGUGCUGAGCAUUCUCUGAUCCCAGCAGACACCUCUGAUUAAGCAAGGUGUCUGGGGUUAGAAGCUGAUAGCCCUUUCCCUUUGGGUUCACUUUAUUAACUGAAAUCAUGUACAAGGGACUGACCACGGAAGUAAAACUCUGUUCUUUACCACAGUUACUGACCAAAUACCUAGUACCAGGUCCUCCUGCCACUUUGUCAAGUGCCACAGUACUUGGACUUCGACUUCACGUUGAACAGCUCUCUCUGGCUGUCUUGACAAACCCCUAGGUCAUCCCUCAAGCCCCAACACAAACUCCCGCCUUCUUGAAAGAGGCCCUGGAAGCUUCUUAGUCUCUAAAGGAGUUCAGAAACUGCUGGCUCCCUUUCCUUCCUCCUUUUUCCCACUCACCACUCUGUUUGGUUUCGUGUGGAUGGGAUAGCCCUGGGAUGGAAAGGACUAGCCUCUAAUGAUGCAAAAAACAAAAACAAAACCACAAACUCAAAACAAGUUUCCUUCUUCCAGCACAUGCACUUACAACGAAACGAUCUGUAUUAUCCUCACACGUGUUUACUACUGCUGGGGCCUUCCUUCAUCCUUUGAGGGCUAUUUUGUACUUCCUGCAGCAAUCAGCUUAAUACCAGAAGUUACCGCACGUGUCUCUCACAUACAGCACAGGGUGGCUUGUGGAUGCACAGAACACAAGAGAACACCAUCUGAGUUUCAGACUGUCCUCUCCUUUCACCCGCCUGCAUCUCCCCAAGAGGAGCCUGAGUGCCGGUGACGGUGACCGCAGGCUCAAGACGGGCACUUCGCAUUGGGUGUCUCUUCUUUUGCAGGCAGCCAAACAUUGAAGGGCAAAGUUUGGGGGUUUCUCUUGUUUUGGUUUUUUGUUUUUUGGGGUUUUUUGCAUGUUUGCAUUGUUCUUAAAGCUAACCCUCAGAGACAAACUGUCCUUUUACUCACUUUAUCUUUUAAUAUAAAAAGGAAAAAAGCUGCAAGGGUGCAAAGGGCCUGUGCCAGAAGAAAAAACACACAGGAAACUGUUUUGUUUUUUUUUUUAAAUCAAGUGUAGAGAAUAGUCGUUUUUAAACUAAAUUCGAGAAUUGUGAGAAAAUGGCCGUCCUCAAAGGCGUAACAAGUUCAUCUUUCUUUCACCAUAGGGGUUACAGUUCUUUGGCUUGUGCUACUCUGGACUCAUUUUACUGUUUGUUUUUAUUCUCUUAAGUGCUAAUUAACAAGAAAUAAAAUUUUAAAAAAACCUGUAGUUUCAUUACCUUUUUGAAUAAUGUCAUACAAAAAAUGUAUUUGUGUUUUUUUGUGCUGUGAGAAUUGUUGUUUGUAGAUUAAUAAUAUCAUUUUGUUUAGAAUUACAAAAUAGUUUUUAAAUAUUGUCUGAGAAAAGCCAAAGUUAAUGCAACCUAGUGGAAACUGUAAGACCAUUUGAGUAUUGUUUGUUUUAUUGAUGCAUUUGGAUUUUGUUGUUUGAUGGAAUUUGAGCCAAAAAAAAAAAAAAAAUACGCAGGCUUUCCUAUUUCUACAACUGAUUGUACUUACGCAUUUUGUACCAGUGGAACUUUUUAUACUGGAGAUUAAAAAAACAAUGGAAAUUUUUGUGGCUUACUCUAGUGGGCCCCCUGACAAUGACUGAUUUCAAGUUUGAUUUCUGGUUGAUAGAAAGAAAGUUGCUUUUCUUUUGAGAAUUAAAAACUUUGGCUUGAUUUCUUUUUUCCCUUUGCUUAUAUCUAGCAUUAGAAUUUUGUCUUAAAAUACAGCGGUAAGUUUCACUUUUUAUUCUGUAUUGUGCAGUUACACAAUAAGGUAAUUAGAUUUAGAAGUACUCAGUCACUUUAAGUGGAUAAAUGUAUUAGUUACAACUUUAGGGGUUUGCUUUUUUGCUGUUUAGAUCAAAGUUUUUUCUGAUUCUUCUGUCCUCAUUGUGAACAUAACCGUGUAGUUGAAACAGUCAAACUUAUUUUUGUAACGUAUGUUAUUGUGUGAUGCAGUUUUUUGCUUCUGUCUCCAAUAUUAAACCAUUUUCCUAAUA